GCAGGUCGCAGCCCAGAGUCUGCGGAGGCGCACCGUUUCAUCGACAGCAGGGACUGAACCUUCAGCCCAGGAGAAGCCAAGAUGGCACCGAUAUCGCACCUAGGGAAUGGAGGACCGGGAAGAACUUAAUGAUGCGAUUCCUUCCGUGAUCUCAGUGACUGUAUCAGGCAAAAACGAGAAGGGCAAAAUACCGUCCAAAUGUAAACAAGGAGCAGCCACACCAGCAGCAGCAGAAUGCCGCGGUAGUUCGGCAGGCCCUGGCCCCAUGGACAAAGAGAAACUCGACAGUGGCAGUGGCCACGAACUCAGAAAGCCUGAGGACACUCAGCAGCUCCUCUGGCUCAUCACUUUCACAUUGGUGCAACUACAGGAGCUGAAGAACAUUUUCCAACUUGUUCCAUACCCGGACGUGUUAGGAUCAGAUUCAUCAUUGGACUCCUGGACCUAUCACUGUGGACCUCAAACGUGCACCUUUUAAGCCCUUUCCUUCACUCCUGACUGAUGGAUUUGGGAUCCACUGCUAAGUCAGACUUUUGAACCAUUGUUCCAGGCAAACUUCUGUUAAAGCUGUGGCCUCAGGGAUAUGGAAUUAAGGCCCACCUGGUGUGAUGAAUAAACCCAGACUCUCAGCAACGCAGGAAAAAAAACUGGCUGGCACUCUGGAGUAAAGCAUCCUCACAUAUCACGUGAACCAGGAAACUCUGUGCACAGACUGAGGAAAAAGAAAAAACACUGGGAGAGCUGAACUAAAAAUCUUUUAGCACAGGUACCACCCCUAGAAUUUCCAGUACACCAGCACAAGCCUGGAAACCACAUCCUUAUCAAAAGACAGAAAGAAAAAAACUCGAGCCAGCCUGGGAAGGACCCUAUUUUUUGCUGUUAACCACUGAGACUGCCGUCCGCACAGCCGAGAAAGGAUGGACCCACCAUACUCGAGUCAAGAAAACAUCUUCCUCAUCAGAAUCAUGGGUUACUGUACUAGGAUUAAGCUCUACUAAGUUAAAGUUAAAGAAAGCUUAAUUUUCAUAUACCUUCUACAUUGCUUCCUUUCCUUUCCUUGUUCUGUUACUAGCUCCUUUGUAACUAAGUCUGACUCACCUCAGACCAUUGCCUUUAAUGCUUGCUCUAUCAUACCUUGUGGAAAUGUAAAAGAUCAAUGACAGCUAACCUCUUCACACAAUUAUUUAUGCCCCAGCCCUCUAAUUUACACAGUUACCCCUAGCACUCAUUGUUGUGAUCACCUGCAGCCAAGAUGCUGAUUUUCUGCUCCUAUAGCCUGGCAACCUUGUAGUAAAUGGGACUAUGUCCUUUAAACUACUCAGAAGCAAAGUUGGACUUCCAUGAAAAAGGUCUGUGCAGAUCUAAAACCCCUCAUCUAUUUCAUUAAAAGAACUGCCCCUUCUAAUUGUCAGCCUUAUCAAUGUAACCCUGUCCUUCUCUCUAUCACCACCUCCACCUUAACUAACUCUAGACCUGCCCUUAAUUGCUUCUAUGGUAUUGGAAUAGGAAUUAAAGGAAAUUAAAGAAUGCGUAAGCAGAAACUCAGUUGUAUAAGACAACCCAAUUGCCCCUGAGAAAGAGAAAGAACUGGAGUCCUUUAAAAAUUAACUGCCUGUUUCUCUGUGGCUAGUGAGCCUUAUCUCUCUUCCUUUCCCAGGCAUUGUGAAGACCCUGUUUCUCUAGCUGUGCAGCUGCAGGUUCACUAGACAGAUAAACUCAAGUUGUAAAACAUGCUUUUCCUUGAAAAGUAAGAAAUGCUGUAAUGCACGUCUCAAUUAAUUAAAUAACUGUCCUUGUUUCUCACUCCUGUAAUAUGCUUCCCCCUUCACAGAUCUCCACCCACCCCACAAAAUGCUUAAAAGGUAACUUAACUGUUUGUUCAAGGCUCAGUCCUUUGGUUGUUAAUCCGACUGGGCCGGUGCACCUAAAUAAUAAAUAUCUUGCUGAACC